AUGCCACCACUAACUGAUCCUAAUGCUCCACCAGCAACAGUCGGGGAUAAACUAAAACAAAAUUUUUCUAUGUUUAUUGAAAUAUCAAAAAAUAGACCAAUAAGUGGAACACUUUGUUUAAAAGAAGCAUCUAUAAUUUCUUUACCAAUUUUAUCUAUGGGACGUUUUACACAACGUCGUGCAACUAAAUAUCAUGAACAAUUAGCUGAAUUAGAACGUCAACUUGAUGAAAUUAUAUCUAAACAACAAACUGAAAGAAAUUAA